AUCGCUCGACUCUCCCCGAGACACCGUGAGUAGUGAGCACUUUCGGCUUGAGCGGAGUGCAACUUCAGCUAACGCGGCCACGAGUACUCUGUGCGCGUUCUAUUCGUACGGGUCCGUUUCGUACGAGGUAAAAGCUGGUUCGAGCCGUUGAACGAAAGAUCGUGUUCUAUUAAGAGGCUCGCGCGUUCAAAAGUAGAGUGACAGUGUUUCCGAGAUACCGCCGAGAGAAACAGUUUUGCCGAGAUGAGUGUGCUCGGUAAGCAAUUGCAGAAUGGUACCUACGAGUUCGAUUACAAUCGAGCGCCCGAACAAAAGACGAAUUGGAAAGCCUUUCGGGAUUACAUCCAUAACCCCGCCGAGGGCACUUACUGCGGCCACACAGGAAAGAAAUGGGCUAUCACUGGUAUUUUCUAUACUUGCUUCUUCGCCGUGCUGGCUUUGCUCUUUGCUAUUUGCAUGAAAGGACUGCUAGCUACGAUAAAUACCGAAAAGCCAAGGUGGAUUUUGGAGGAAAGUCUGAUAGGAACCAAUCCAGGUUUAGGAUUUCGACCAAUCUCCGAGAUUCCUGAAGAAAAAUCGUUAAUUUGGUAUAGCUCGUCAGAUCCUAGCUCGGUGCAAAAGUGGACUGGCCUGUUAGAUAAGUUUUUAGAAGAAUAUGUUAAUUCAUCCCUGUUACCAAAUGGUGGUAGAAAUCAACAAAUUUGUAAUUAUAACACGCCAGUUAAGCCUGGACAUGUUUGUGCGGUCGAGGUGAACAACUGGGGACCUUGUUCGCCUAAUCAACAAUAUGGUUUUAAUAACUCGGCUCCAUGCGUCUUUAUUAAAUUAAAUAGGAUAUACGGCUGGAUACCGGAAUGUUACAACAGCACAAACGAUUUGCCAAGUGAUAUGCCAGCAAGCCUCGUUCAACACAUUAAAUCCGUCAACAGUUCACGGUUGAAUACCAUAUGGGUAUCCUGCGCAGGCGAAGAUCCUCACGAUCAUGAAAAUAUCGGUGAGAUAAACUAUUAUCCUGAAGAUCAUGGCUUUCCAGGGUAUUACUAUCCUUAUAAAAAUAUACCUGGUUAUUUAAGUCCCGUUGUUGCUGUGCAUUUUCUUCGACCAGCAAAAGGAUAAAAGUGUUGAUGCAGAAAAUACGACGUACAAUAUCUUCAGAAAACUUCCGGUUGUCAUUUUGAAAUAGCGGUAGGAGGAUCUGCCGAUAAUCAUUUUUUUCUGCUACUCGAUCAGUAAAGUUAGAGACCUCGGUGAAUGAACAGGCGAAGAAGUAAAAAAACGUAACAAUGACUGGAAAAGUGAAAGAAACAACAAGUGAAGAAAGAACAAUUAUACUAAAUUUACACAACAUGAACAAAUCGUACAGUGAAAUUGCAAAAAUUGAGAAGAAAAGUUGUUCCACUGUCCGUAGUGUCAUAAAACUGUUUCACAGUCGGGCAUGCGUUGAGAAUCUCAAGAGAAGUGGUCGCCCUCCCAAGCUAUC